UGGAACCUAACAGUUCUGUUGUGUCCCCCACUGUCCUUGAUGAAUUGAGACAGACAUUGUGUGGAACUUUUAUUAGCUAUCACUUAAAAGAAGUCGGUACACAAAACUGCUGGGUACCGUGUCCCAUCCAGUCAUUUCUCUCCAUGUUGGCUUGAGAACGGGAACUUCUGUGGGAGAUGUCAGGCCUGGAAAGGGCUCUGGCCCAUGCCGGUUUGGGGUGUUGCUUUCAGAUAUGGCCCCAUACCCUCCGGCCCAGAUCUCUCCUCCCCCAGCCGAGUCCGGCUCGGCCCCGCCCCGCCCCGCCCGGCCCCGCCUGCAGUGAGGCGGGCUCGCGUCCCGCUGCCGCCCUCUGUGUUGGGGCGGCCUCUGCCUCCCCUCCCAGCCACCUGCGUGUGGGCGGGCUUAAAGAACACAGUCGUCCGGGCCUUUUUGUCUGACCUUUAACCUAACCCGUGGGGGUGGAGGCCCCUGGUCUCGGGGCACGCGCGAUCCGGGAGUGCGCGGUGACCGUUGGCGGGGGUGGCGGCGGUGUCGCCGCGCUGCGCGGGGAAAUGUCCGAAAAACUAAGAAGAUGCAGAAAGGAGCUGACCGCAGCCAUUGACCGGGCCUUUGAAGGAGUCAGUCAUUCCCAGGAGUGCACAGGCCAGCAGAGGCAGGAGCUGGACGCUGCUCCGCUUUCCUUCCCGCUGCCCGUGCACAGGCUCCUCUGCAGAAGACAUCCUUUGGCAGCCUGCUCUGCUGCUGCUCCUUUUGCGGCUCUCCCAUGUGCUCCUGAGAAUGAGAACCCUGCCUUUGCAUCAAACCAUGUCCCAGUAAAUGCAAAACCACAUGUUUUAUGCCCCAAAAGAAAACCUCUGACCAGCAAAGAAAAUGUACUGAUGCAUUCCUCCAUUUUGGCAUCUGAAAGACAGUUUUGGAGAGUUGCAGGAGAUGGGGAAAACUGGAGAAAAGAAAGUUUAAGGAAAGAUACGGAGAAAGAUUUGAAGGUUGACUCAAACAUGCCACUCAACAAUUCUAGCCAAGAGGUCACAAAGGAUCUGCUUGACAUGAUUGACCAUACAAACAUCCGAACUAUUGAAGAAUUGGCUGGAAAACUAGAAUUCGAAAAUGAGUUGAACCGUGUGUGUGGUCGCUGCCAAGAUUCACCCUUCAAGGAGGAGACCUGGGCUCUGCUUAUGGACGAGAGCCCUCAGAAGGCAAUGGAUGCUGACCCUGGUAGUCUCAAGCAGGCUUUUGAUGAUCAUAAUGUAGUUGAGACUGUUCUGGACUUGGAAGAAGACUACAAUUUGAUGACCUCUUUUAAAUACCAAAUGGAUUAAGGACAGUUGAUCUUAGCUUUGAUUCUUACAGCAGGAGACUGCCAUUUAAGGAGCCUGAGUAGAAGCAGCCAUGGUGGUUGUCAGGAGCCACAUUUUUCAAAGGGUUUGCAAAACCUUUUUAAACUCCCAGUUAUGUAGUUUUUUGAGCUGAGAGCCCAGUUUUUGAAUUCUGUUGCUCUAAUAUGUUUCCUACUGUUGAUUUUACUUUUCUUGACAUCUUGAAUGUGUUUUUUAAAUUGAUGUUCAAUAUACCCAGUAUCCAAGGUAGGUGCAGGUUGUGGGCC